AUGAGUGUGAAGGAAAAGGUGAAAACGGACCGAGAAACAAAGAAAGAAAUCGACCCAUUUAGGACAGUGGACUUUUCAAACAACUUCCGUCGACUUUAUAGGAUUAAUGAAUACAUUAACAGCUACAUGGUGAUGGAAGACACAAUACUCAUAGGGUCGAGUAUUGGCCACGUCUUUUUGUUUUCGAAGAACGAAGGGUAUAAGUCAGACACCUGUUUUGAUGAAGUUCCUGUUGUCGGCUUUGCUCUGUACAAUGAAGAAGUUGCUUUGGUGAUUCAACCAGAAAAGAUCCUUAAAAUGGAUUUGGUGAAUAGUAAAGUGAUAGGAGCAGUGAAGACGUUUGGAGAGAGACAAAUUGUUUCUGCGACAUACAAUCCGACCGACUUAAAACAGUUUUGUUGUGUCUUACGAAACCAAAAGACGAAGGAAUAUUCGUUGAAGGUAGACAAUCAACUCGACCGGACUUUUUCAGAUAAGGUGAUACCAAAUAGUAGUGGCGAGAAAUGGAAUACCCUCAACAAAUUGAAGUGGUUUGGGAAAACGAUUCUAAUGAUUCUGUCGACUCGUGGGGCUGAGGGGAAGUACACGAAUAUCACUAUCGUCUACUUCGACUUGUCAAAACAGAAGUUCUCGAACAUCCAAUUUGGUAAAUUAGAAAUCGACGCACAAGCCCUUUGUUCGGUGACACAAGUCAAUUCGGAGACGGUGAUCAUCACUUGGGGAUUCAUUAAAGGCGAGUUCCAAGCGAGUCCUUCAUUUGCGUAUGAUGGAGAAAAGACUUUUGAAGCACCAACGACUUUCUUCUUACCACACAACGUCACAGACAUCUACAGUACUGGGAUGGUCAAUGAUAAAAUGAUCGGAUAUGUCUAUUGUGAGAAUAAUGUCGACCCCAAAUAUGGGUUAAGAUACUUGGUGAGCAACGAUGAAAGAGAUAAAGUGCCGACAUACCCUUCUAUUAAGAAAGAUGAUAUCUCUUCCACGUUAUUUGAACUGUAUGGAGACAGAGUGGACAAAAUACGAACAAACGAGAGUGGAGACAAAAUAGUCUCAGAGGACGAAGACAUCGAGAAUGAAUACAACGAGAAGAGUGACUGCAUUUGGCUGUUGACUAAAAAGACGUUCAUCAAAAUCACUUUACUGAACGACAACGACAUCAUCGACGGAUGGACUAAGGACAAACAGUACAAUUUGAUCUUAGACCGAGUCGCCAAAAUUCAUAUGGAAGUCGACGUGACUGGGUUUUGGGAGAACUUCAUAUUAGGGUUUAAGAACAAGCUGGUUCAAGUUGAGAAUUCUGAAGACGGGUACCAAAUCAUGGAGACUUAUUUAGACAAUGGGAUGAUGAGUGUCGGGGACUUUGCAGAAUUGUGUUUGAAGUAUAACACGACGAAGAAGGAAUUUAAAGAUAAGAACUCGAAAGAAUCGAAAGAGCAGAAGAAGCGGUAUGUGAAGGAUUUAGAUAACAUGAACACUAUUAUUAACUUCUUUACCGGAUAUACACUCUAUGAAGUCUCUAAGAUAUACACCCGAUAUAACGAACUCUGUGAGGCGUUUAAGAACUUUAAGAAGAAUAAAGAUAACGUCAUUUCAUAUCAACAGGCGUUCAAUGUGUUAAACAACUCCAUUGUCAAAGAAACGAUUCAAGUAGUGAAAGGAGUGUCUGACUUCUCUGCAGUCUCGAAAGAUGACACGAUGAGUCUUUUAAUCACUGAAAUAGAUAAAUAUCGAACACUUCUGUUAUUCCCAAAGAUGCCAAAUUUCAUUCAAGAACAAAUUGCGAUGAUAUAUAUGAAAAUUAAAACAAAGGAAGAGACACAGAAAAGAGUGUUUGAAGUGUUCAAUUUGCGAUAUAAAUUGGAGAACAUGUUACUCAAAGAGGCACAAGACUUUGUCUUCAAAUUGAAGAGUCCGGAACUGCUUGAAAUCUUUUUAACGCGAUUACAAGAGAUCUAUGACGAGAGAAUGCAAUCAGUCGUCGACAAAGAUCAACUAGUUCAAGAGACUCAAAAUGUGUUUACUUCAGACGGCUACGACAUCACUAAUUUAGUGAAACGAGUGAAGAACAAAGCCGGCUUUGAGACUCCUCUAGUCGUUGAAAUUAUUAAUUCAAGUACUACGACAAACCCUAAGAGUAAUUUAAAGUACAAAUUAUAUCAAAUGCUCUUUAAGUUACUGCGAGAAAAGAAUGAAAGUCUUUCUGUCUUUGAUGACACCGUACGACCAAAAUAUAAUGAAACAGAUACGUAUGAAAGAUUCUUAUUAGAUGCAGCAAAUAGUGAUAGGAACACUCCUUUAGACGCUACAAAUAGUGACAAAAACAAGAAAGUAGUCGUGGAUCAUAUUAACAAUAUAUUAAGUCAAUUCACAUCAUACGAGCAAUUCAUGAAGACGACUAAUAAGACGGCGAAAAAGGAAACAAAUCAAAAGGACGAGAAAACAGACACUCUGUCUAUUGGAGAUGAAAGUAAAAGAGAAGCGUAUGAUACUAUUGCAAGUGUGAUGGACGUCGUCAAUUCACUCAGCUUCGAAUUUUCAAAAAAUUUGGUCGACCAGAAGAACUUCCCAAGAUGUCCGUGGGCGGUUACUCUUUUAUACUCUUUAUCAGCUUAUAAGGAUAGAUUGGUCGACACGUUACCUGAAAAUAAUGAUUUGAAAACAUACGCGCAACCAAUUUGUGAGGGGCUCAGAGUCGCUGAGUUGAAGUCGAAAGCGCUGUCGAGAGUCAUGGAAAUGGCACUGAAUGAACAGUACUUGAAAGUCAAUUCAAAAUUGAGGAAAUAUAAGAAGGGGGUUGUUCUUGAUUUCACUGAGACGUGCACAAACAAAGCGGGUGAUAUUGGCGACGACUUCUAUGUUUUUAAAUGUGGUCAUUAUGUUUGUAGUGAGUGUAUGUCUUUAAAGAGUGAAGACCAAAUCGAGUGCAUCAUGUGUAAACUCAAAAAUGCAAAUAAAAAGGACAAGUCCACAGCAAAGCAAACUGCAGCACUCAAAGAAAAAGAGUUCAAAGAUCAAGCUGAGAAAACAGAACUAACGGUUUGA